AUGGCGACGACGAUAUCCUUGCUGGAAACGCUGUCCAGCUUCACAGCAGCCACAGAGAAUGCUACACAAGCUCUACCAGAUGCAGAGUCAUUCGUAACUCCCAAGGACGGGAUUACUCUUCUGGACACAAAGAACGACAUCUUCCUCGCCUACCUCCAAGCGCUUGCCCUGCGAAACCUGAAUGUCAUACGUAGUAUCAAAGAGGGCAACGAUGCAGAAGCAGCGAAUGAGCUGAGCGAGGAGAUAACGAAGAAAUUGGUCGAGCAUCGUGUAUAUCUGGAGCGCCGAGUCCGACCACUCGAGGCCAAGAUCAAAUAUGGAGUGGACAAAGUCGUCAAGGCAGCCGACGAUUCCGAGCGAGCAGCGGUCGAGGAGACAAAAGCCGCAGCAGUGAUCACUCAUAAAGCUACUGCUCAAGAUGACGAAUCAGACGACGACGGCAGCUCCGACUCGGACGAAGAACGGGCCUUCAAACCAAGCGGCGCCGCGUUCACGAGAUCCUCCACCACUGACCCCAACACCACCCGCCGGGCUUUGAGCAAACAAGACGGCAUCUACCGCCCUCCCCGCAUAGCAGCCACAGCCAUGCCACUCACCACUAGUGCCCGCGAACGCAAGGAAGACCGCCGACCAGGCCGCUCAGCAACAGUGGAUGAAUACAUCUCCCACGAAUUGUCUACCGCUCCUAUCGCCGAGCCCAGUAUCGGAUCUACGAUCGCCUCGGGAGGCCGAAGCAUGAAGAGUGCUAAGCAGCAAGCUGCUGAAAGUGAGAGGAAGGAGUACGAAGAGAGUAAUCUUGUUCGUUUGCCGGCGCCGAGUAAGAAGGAUAAGAUGAAGCAAGGUGGUGCUGGAGCAGGAGAUGACAAGAGAGGUGGUUUUGGAGGUGAGGAGUGGAGGGGCUUGGACAUGAGUCUUGAUCGGAUCGGGGAUUUGACGAGACGGAAAGGAGGGAAGGAGGGGGCGUUCGAGAGGAGUAAGAAGAGGGGACGUGAUGUUGGGGAUCGGAAUAGAGAUGAUGGGACGGGUGGGAUGGGUGGUGCGUUUGAGGUCAAGCGUAGGAGGGUGGAGAAGAAGAGUCGGCGGUAG